AUGACGACGAAAGCAGAACGACGACAAGACGACGACAAGAGAGCCAAGAUCCAGGCAAGAGGCAGUUCCUCCGCAGUAGUAGUAGGUGCCACCCCCGUGCCUCCCCAUCUUGCGGCGCUGCGCAAGCAACGAUACAGCCAACAGAAAAUGAAAUCUGUUUCCACUGUGGAAGCACCUCCUGCUGUACGGCAGAGUACUAGUACUAGUAGGGGACUGCGACGAAGCCAAGAAGAGCUCGAUGCCAAGCAGUCGAAAAGAGGAGGAUCAACUUUGGUUGGCGCCCUUCAAGCGAGCAAUGCCGUCAGUAAUAAGAAAUUGAGGGCAAAAGGCUUGUCCUCCAGAUCCAGCGUCGAGGGUUCUCAUGUUGUACUGACAAGCUCUUUGAAUACAACACCGGCCAAAGUGGCAGCGGGAAGCAGCAAUGUGCUCGAAGAAAAAUCCGCCGCGUUGUCUUCCAAGCCUGGGUCGAUGCAAUCCAUGGUGUCUUCUUCGAAACCAGGAUCGUCAUCGGCCCUAUUUGUAGUAAGGCCACCUCCCGAACUGGACAUAUCCAUUACCGAGGCUACGGACCCCGAAGAAGGCCUCGUCCAUGCACGACCUGUCCAUGAAGACUCACAAGAUUUCAUCGUCAGGGGUGAGGCACAAGAAGUCGAUCCGGAAAUUCUAGAGAAACAAGACGUCAAGGCACAAAAGGAGCGGCAAUGCGUGUGGAUUGGAUGCCUCAUCAUCACGCUUUCCUUGAUCGUCUUGACGAUUGCGCUGUCCUACCGACCCGAAUUGCAAUACGAUGCCUUGGAACCAUGCAACGAACAGCAAGAGUUUCAGGCGCUCUUGUUGGGCCAAUUGAAUCUGUCGUCAUCGUCCGUCUAUUUGCCUCCCGAGCUGGCCCUCUUGACUCGUCUGUCCAUGCUGGAGCUGCCACUCAAUGACAUUCGUAACAUGUCCUUGACGGACCUUAUUGCGCCCGAAAUUUAUGAGAUGGAGCAAUUGACCCGCAUCAAUCUACACAGUAAUUCAUUCACGGGAGCAUUGCCGACGGAAUUGGGACUCAUGACCAAUUUGGAAAGUCUGUCGCUACAGUUGAACCAAUUGACCAAUACCAUCCCGUCCGAGCUGGGAGGUAUGACCAGCCUCACAUUGCUUCGACUCUUUUUCAACAAGUUGACGGGCAAGGUACCUAGCUCACUGGGACGCUUGACCGACAGCCUGCAAGAACUCUCGGUCCAAUUCAACUCGCUCACGGGCGCCAUUCCCAGUGAACUCGGAAUGUUGGGGGCGCUAGAAAAGCUCUGGCUUGAAGGCAACGAGCUCACAAACUCCAUUCCGACCGAGCUAGCAAUGAUGGGGGCGCUAGAACAGCUUUGGAUCCAACGCAAUGAGCUCACGGGUGCCAUUCCAAGUGAGUUGGGCGUGGCGACCACUCUCCAUGAGCUCUCGCUCCACGCCAACGAUCUAUCCUCGACCGUGCCCACCGAGGUCGGUGGAAUGUCCAAUCUUCGCAGUCUCCAGCUGACAUUGAACUCCAAGAUUUCCGGGAUCAUCCCUUCCGAAGUAGGUGUGCUGACCGCUCUUGAACAACUCUAUCUCAGUGACAGUUCGUUCACGGGACGAAUCCCAAGCGAGAUUGGGCAGCUCUCCAGUCUGACUGGUCUGGUGCUCGCUGGGAACGAUUUGCAAGGACCCAUUCCGUCGGAGAUUGGAGCUUCCCUAUCCAACUUGACAACCUUGUUUCUGUUUGCCAAUUCUCUGACAGGGGCGCUACCAAGUUCACUAGGACAAUUGACAGCACUGACGACCAUGUCGCUCAAUUCCAACUCCUUCUCCAAUACGAUCCCUACUGAAGUCGGCAUGCUGUCGAAUCUGGAGGAUCUUUCGAUUGCCAACUCGGAAGCUCUUGUGGGCGGAAUUCCCUCAGAGCUCGGACGUUUGACCAAGCUAUCCGUGCUGCAUUUUCACAAGAAUGGACUCGUUGGCAGCGUCCCGAGUGAAUUAGGUAGGCUUUCGCUUAUGGAAGACCUCCAGCUCAAUUCAAACUCGCUGCAAGGCCAGAUGCCGUCCGAAUUGGGACGCAUGUCGCUCCUCCGUCAACUAUAUCUCCAUCAGAAUGCGCUGAAUGGCCCCGUUGCUAGCGAGAUAGGGCAGCUCUCCAGUCUCACUGUUCUGCACCUCUUUGAGAAUUCAAUAUCUGGAAAUCUCCCGAGUGAGCUUGGUCUGCUGGGGAAUCUGACGGAGAUUACGUUGUACGCCAACUCUUUGACGUCCAGCAUACCGAGCACUUUUGGAUCCCUUUCCAGCCUUGAAUCUAUCCGGCUUUUUGCAAACUCGUUGAAUGGAACACUUCCCACCAGCCUUGGCAAGCUACAAAACGUCACCCACUUUUAUGCCUAUUCCAACAACCUAUCGGGAAGCAUACCGAGUGAGAUUGCAAUGAUGACACAACUGAAAGAGCUGGCAUUGGAUGACAACUCUUUUUCUGGGUCAAUAGCAACAGAACUUGAGCUCUUGACAACCCUGGAAAAUGUAUGGCUGAACUCCAAUGAGUUGUCGGGAGCUGUGCCAGAUGGUCUUUGUUCGCUGGGGCGGCAGUCAUUAGUUUUUGACUGUGGCGGUGGACUCUGCGGUUGUCGAUGGUGUGGAUGUCAACCAUAG